AAGUAGCUGUCAAAUGCGCGGCGCCUUUAACCGGCGCGAUCAGUGCGGCUCGGCGAGUCAUGGCGACCGCAGCCUCCAACCACUACAGCCUGCUCGCCUCCGGCUCCCCCAUGGUGCACGCCGAGCCGCCCGGCGGCAUGCAGCCCGGCGGCGGCUACCGCGACGCCGGCGCCUUGGUGCAGGCGGACUACGCGCUGCAGAGCAACGGGCAUCCGCUGAGCCACGCUCACCAGUGGAUCGCGGCGCUGUCCCACGGCGGCCCCGGCGGCGGCGGCGGCGGAGGAGGCGGCGGGGGCGGCGGCGGCGGCGGCGGUGGCGGCGAGGCGCCCUGGUCGGCGGGCGCGCUGGGGCAGCCGGACAUCAAGCCGGCGGUGGUGCAGGCGGGCGGGCGAGGCGACGAGCUGCCGCCGGGGCGGGCGCCGCACCUGGUGCACCACGGCGGCGGCGGCGGGCACCACGCGGCGGCGGCGGCGGCGGCGGCGUGGCGAGCGGGCGGCGCGGCGCACCUGCCGCCCGGCAUGGCGAACGGCGCGCAGGCGGGGCUGCUCUACUCGCAGCCGCCCGGCUUCACCGUCAACGGGAUGCUGGGCGCCGCGCAGCCCGCGCUGCACCACCACGGCCUUCGCGACGCCCACGACGAGCCGCCCCCGCCGCCGCCGGGGCCGCCGCACAACGGCGCCGAGCACCCCCCGCCGCCCCACGGCCCCCACCCCGGCGCGGCCGGACCGGCCCCCGCCGCCGCCGCCCCCGCCGCGGGGCCGCCGCACCACGACCCGCACUCGGACGAGGACACGCCGACCUCGGACGACCUGGAGCAGUUCGCCAAGCAGUUCAAGCAGCGGCGCAUCAAACUGGGAUUUACCCAAGCGGACGUGGGGCUGGCGCUGGGCACCCUCUACGGCAACGUCUUCUCGCAGACCACCAUCUGCCGCUUCGAGGCCCUGCAGCUCAGCUUCAAGAACAUGUGCAAGCUGAAGCCUUUGUUGAACAAGUGGUUGGAGGAGGCGGACUCCUCCUCGGGCAGCCCCACCAGCAUAGACAAGAUCGCGGCGCAGGGCCGCAAGAGGAAAAAGCGCACCUCCAUCGAGGUGAGCGUCAAGGGCGCGCUGGAGAGCCACUUCCUCAAGUGCCCCAAGCCCUCCGCCCAGGAGAUCACCUCGCUCGCGGACAGCCUACAGCUGGAGAAGGAGGUGGUGAGAGUGUGGUUUUGUAACAGGAGACAGAAAGAGAAGCGCAUGACUCCCCCGGGAGGGACGCUGCCGGGCGCCGAGGACGUGUACGGGGCCAGCAGGGACACGCCGCCACACCACGGGGUGCAGACCCCCGUGCAGUGAACUCGCGGCGGGGGCGCCCGGCCCCUCCUCACCCCAACUUUUGAUUGUCCUCCUUUUUCUCUUUUUUUUUUUUGUGUGUGUUUUUUCUUUUUUUUUUUUUUUAUUUUCUCCU